CAGCUCGUGGCGAGAAAUUUUUCCAUCUGGAAAAUGAGCGUCAAAUUUUCAAGUUAAAAUCUCACUGAAAACGAGUUAAAAAUAUUUUUUGGUGUUAAUAAACUACUGCCAAUAGACAUGGACGAAUAUUUCGCAAUUACAAAAUUCUGCAAAAAAGUGUGUUUGAAAGUUGACGAGUUAUUUAUCUCUGAAUUCGGAAUAUAUUGUGCUGUGAGAAAAAAUUCAAAAAAUUGCGGAAGUGGAUGAAAUAAGAAUGAAAAUAAUACUGUGAUGACGAAAUUAACUAUUUUAUACAAAGAGUGAUGCCGCCUGACAAUUUGAAGUGGUAAUUAAUUAAUAAAUAAAUGUCAUGGCGAAGAAGAAGCGAGACGUAAAUGUAGACAUCGACUUGGAUCACAUAAAUUGGGCUUAUAAUUGGAAUCCUACAAAAAAAACGAAAACGUCAAGUGCUUUCUUUCACGAUUCGCAAAUCUGGAAUGGCAAUAGUGAUUUAAUUUUUCCCUACAAUCAUAAAUUCACAGAAAAAGAUGACUUUCGACCCUACAAACUGUGGAAGAAUAACCGUAUAGCAAGUAUCGUGCCAUGGCUGCUAACAAUGUCGCUGAUUAAUUUCAAAGACUUUGCAGAACCAGCAGCCCCAAAUCAAAUUUCACAAGAACUUCAAGCACCACCACAACAAUACUCUUCGCCUGGAUUUCCUCCGGUAAUUUCCUGUAAUUAUCAGUUUACUGGUGAUUCAUUGGUGCAUGAGAAAUUAGGAUUGCCUUGUGAAGGACGAGGAUUUUCUUCAGGACCAAAUGACUGGAUGACUGCUGGAAGCUUCCAAAAUAUAGGAUUCAAUACAAAGAUAAAAAGUGAACGGGAAAUCGAUGUUCAUUUAAAUAGAGUUAAUCCGAAUUCUGUUCCUGCUAAUAAUCCUGGAAAGGAUAAUGAGAAAAUGUAUAAACCGGAACACAUGUUUAAACCAUCUGUGGGAUAUUAUCCCAAGGAUGAGUAUGCUGGCCCUGCAAUGGAACUGGUUUAUUCUUGGAAGCUCAUCGACUUUGAUUUCGAAAACGAUGAAGCUCGUGACCAAGCUCUUUUUGAUGGUUCAUAUGUCCCGGAAAAUAAUUUGCCUUUGGGUUUGGAAGCUUGGAGAGACAGAGUAUUUGUUACUUUACCAAAGUGGAAAAAUGGAAUACCUGCAACUCUCACGACUGUUCCAAGACAUUCGCCAACAAAAAACCCCAAGCUAAAGCCUUAUCCAAAUUGGGAGUGGAAUAAUGCAGAAAAUUGUGAAGGUUUUACAUCAGUCUUCAGAAUUCAAGUGGAUGAUUGCAUGCGUUUGUGGAUUCUGGAUUCAGGUAAAGUGGAGAUAACGAACACAUCUGUGCAACUGUGUCCACCCGCAAUUUUCAUUUUUGAUUUGAGAACAGAUAGCUUAAUUCAUAAGUACACUUUCCCGGAAGAUCAUAUAAAAGAAGAUUCACUUUAUUCGAAUAUAAUUGUCGAUGUGAGGCAUGGAUUUUGCGAACUUGCUGUUGCCUAUAUUUCUGAUGUCUUCAGAUUUGGAAUUGUCGUCUAUGACCUUUUAACGGAUUCAUCUUUUAGAAUGGAACACCAUUUCUUCUAUCCAGAUCCAUUAAGUGCAAGGUACAAUCUCCACGGACUUCAAUUCCAGUGGACUGACGGGAUUUUCGGAAUGGCCCUCAGUCCUCUCGACAUCGACCACGACCGGACCAUCUUCUUCCAUCCCAUGUCCAGCUUCCGAGAAUUUGCUGUUUCCACUAAAGUUUUUAAAGAUAAAAUGACAGCAGAUAAAUAUUCUGAUAAAUUUGUUCCGGUUGGAAAACCACGGGCAAAAGACUAUGGACACUCUUCAGGAUCUGCAAUCGACAGGGAUGGAGUGAUGUUCUUCAACAUGGUCACGAGAGACUCAGUCUGGUGUUGGGACACCCGAAAAGAAUAUAUUCCACAAAACCUAGGUGUCAUUGGAAGCAGCAAUGUCUCCCUCGUAUUUCCCAAUGACAUCAGAACCGAUCACGAAAUCAAUCAGAGUGUUUGGAUUUUAUCCGACAAACUGCCGAUGUAUCUUUAUGGAUACCUAAAAAGUGAUGAAGUGAAUUUUAGAAUCUUCAGAGCAAGUGUCAAGGAUGCUGUUCGAAAUACUGUUUGUGAUCCCAAUUAUGUUGUGCAGGAAUCUGAACAGGGAUACGAUGAAACUUGCGGACCUGAUUUCUAACGGGGACUAAAAAAUCCCUAAAAAUAAAAUUCCAGAAAUAAAAUUGAGAGGCCUGAUUCUAUAACCGCCUAUAAAUUUUUCUCGCUGAACGACGUUAACUCUUGGACACUUUUCAAAUAAGAUUUCAAUUUAAAUGUUAAAAGUACAUAUUUUUAGAUAAAAGUGGAUUGCACUUCUUUUUUCUCUAAACAAAGCCCGUUUUUAAUUAAAGCAAUUUUUGUUGUCUGAUUUCACUUCAGGUUGCCGUAAUUAAGACAAUUCUUGGAAUUCUUUGACUAAAUUUUCAACAGAUAUUCAUUAUGUUCUUCUAGGCUUAUAGUAAAGCAAAAUAUUAAUCAACAUUUUUGUUUUUAAAAAGUUAUAAAUUUUUAUCUAAUGAAAUUUGUUUGUGGUUGAAAAUGUAUAACUUUUGGUUCGUUCUCUUGACUUGGAAAUGCAAUUUCAUGGAGGCAGCAUGCCUAUUGUUAAGAAUGCGUAAUUUACUAUUUUAAAAGGUCUACUGCUUUCAAUACUGAAACAAUUAAUUUUUUGUCUAGAAUUAAAUGGUAUCAAAUUCUUAGCAAACGUUUUUUAGAAAACAAAGUUACAAAAAACCUAAAAAUACUCCAAAAAAUUUAAUAAUUUGUUUAUUGUACAAUUUUAUUACUAUGAACCAAUUUUAUAAAUAAAAAGACCAUUUUCUUAGUUUUUUUACAGAACAAAAAUCUUUUGCAUCUAGCCUGUAUCAAAGUAUUCUCACAAACUUACUAGUCUAUAAGAAAUAGUUAACACUUAAAAUUUAACCUAAUUAUAAAUAAUUUAGGUUAAAAACAAAUUAUUAUCCUUUAUUCGGAAAAAAAUUGUCGCCGUAUAAUAUUGAUAAAAAUAGGUUCUUAAACAUAAAAAACUUCUGAAAAUUUGGAAACGUUAAUAUUUUGUCCUUCUUUCUCAAAAAAUUGUUUACUGUCUUAUAUGUAUCAAAAUAGCUUAUCAAAACUAUUAGAAUUCAAGAAAUUGAUGAUUUUGAGAAGUUUGAUAAGCAAAUUUGAAACUCCACGUCCAAAUUUUAUAUUUAUUUAUAUUCAUAAAAAUGUUAUAUUUUUUACUUAAAUUAUUUAUAACAAAGAUAAAGUUGUGUGUUAACAAAAUUUCACGGUAUAAUAAUUCUUCUAAGCUAUUACGAUAAAUAUAGAAGGCAAACAACAUUUUUUCUACAAAAAAUUGUUCAUUUGUUAUAGCGAUAAAAUUUUACAAUAAACAAGAUUUUUUUGUAUGCUUAUACUGUUAUAGGUUUUAAUUAAAAUUAGUUGCCAAUAAAUUUAAGCGUUAAGUGCUCAAAACAUUCUGUGAACUAGACUUUUUUGUAAAUUUGCUUCUAAAAAAAUGGUCUGAACAGUAAAAAAUCGCUUUGUGUGUUUAUGAUUAAUUUAAUGCUUAUUAAUUUCUAGAAAAAAAGCCUUUUAAAUCUACCAAAAAUUUAAGGUUGCAUACCUUUUUAAAUGGGAAAUUCUGGAUUUACUUGGGUGUUCAGAGAGAAAAACGCGCUAUUCAAUUCCAUAUAAGAAUAUGUACUUUUGUGAUUAAAAGUAGAAGAAAAAAACUUCACAAAUUUAAACAAUGAAAAAAUGGGUAAAUUAUCAAAUAAAAUACUCUGAAUGAACAUAUUGCAGGAAUCAUAGAUCACAGCGGGGAAAAAAUAACUUGUUUGGACGUAAAAAUUUUUUUAAAAGCUGAGAAAAUGUCCCAGAGAGCCAAAUUAUUGAUUAAUAUUUUCAAUUUUUUUAAUACAUAAAUAAGGACGGUGAAAAACAUAGCCAUUUUUUUUAUUUGACCUUCCCCGUACUCAUGAAUAAAUAGGUUCUUAGGCUUUAUAAUGGAGUAGUUUGGUUUAUUGUGUUUUUUUAUUCCAAAUUCUCCUUUUGGGCUUGAAAUCUUAUCUCAUUUGGUAGAAAUUAUAUAUUUUUUGGUUAUUAAAAUAUAGAUAUAUUUUUAGUAUUUAAAAUAUCAACUAUUAC